CCCACGCUUUUGGACCCAGGUGAUGUGCUCGCGGCAGCCUCUUCUCUCUUGGGCUCUUCGCACUAACUAGAGAAAGAAAUGGGAAGAGCUCCUGCAUGCUGUGAGAAGGUGGGGCUGAAGAAGAGGAGGUGGACGGCAGAGGAGGAUGAGAUACUGAUCAAGUACAUUGCGGCCAAUGGAGAAGGGUCCUGGAGGUCCUUGCCUAAGAAUGCAGGCAUGUUGAGGUGCGGCAAGAGCUGCAGGCUAAGGUGGAUAAACUACCUCAGAGCUGACCUCAAGGGAGGCAACAUUUCGAAGGAGGAGGAGGAGGAGAUCAUCAUCAAACUCCAUGCCACUUUAGGAAACCGGUAA